GGAGGAGGAGGAAGAGAAAAGGAGGAGGAUGAGGAGGGGGCAGUGACAGAGGAGAGAGGAGUGCCGCCAAGCAAGCAUGAGGUUUUCACUUUCCAUUCUCCUCUCAGCAGCAGUCAGAUGAGAGUCCUUGCGCACAAGAGAAGUGCCUUCUUCCUCUCCUGCCUAUGGCUCUUGGACUCCGCUGAAGCCUGCCACUGUCAUCAGCACUGCUUCGCAGGGCCGCCGACACCAUCCAGUACGUCACUGAUUCGCUAAAGUUGGGCCCCUCCUUCCCUGCCUUUAUCUCUCCUGUGCAAAUAAAGCCUGAUGUUGAGAACAAACAGAUCCAAUCAGAUGUUGUGAGCGGGAAGGAGAUUGUCGCUCUCAUCUUCUCCACCACACCCUUCUCCUCCUCCUUCUUCCCCAGAGCCCUGCUUCUUCCCAUCAUGGGCCGACGCGAUCAAUAAUGUUUUACCAUCCUCUCAUCUGACAGUUGAGAAGAGAAGCGAGCCAGCAGGGAAGUAUCUGACCGCGAAAGGCUUCCUAUUUGAGGGAAACAGGCCCUGAGGAUGAGCUACAGGUGGUAGAGCCUAAGGAAGCCACCCUUGGCUGAAAUCCAAACAAAAACCUUUCAAGCCCACCUUCUCCCAUGUCAUUGACUUAUACAUCCUCAUUAGCUUUACACAGGCGCACUCAUAAUUGCAUUUGCUGGAGAUACAUUAUUCCUCAUCAGCCCUCUUCGGCUGCUUCGGUUACUGCUGUCCCUCCUGCUUCAAAAUGGCAGUGAACGUGACACCGAUCCGAGACACAAAGUGGUUGACUUUGGAGGUCUGUCGAGAAUUCCAGAGGGGUACGUGCUCACGGCCGGACAAUGAGUGCAAGUUCGCCCACCCCGCCAAGAGCUGCCAAGUGGAAAACGGCCGAGUCAUCGCCUGUUUUGACUCGCUCAAGGGCCGCUGUUCAAGGGAGAAUUGCAAGUACCUUCACCCCCCUCCCCAUCUGAAGACCCAACUGGAGAUCAACGGAAGGAACAACCUCAUUCAGCAGAAGAACAUGGCCAUGUUAGCCCAGCAGAUGCAGAUCGCAAAUGCCAUGAUGCCUGGCACUCAGCUGCAACCCGUGCCCAUGUUCUCAGUCUCGUCCGGUCUGGCAACCAACGGCAACGGUGGCGCGGCUGCGGCGUUUAACCCUUACCUCGGCCCGGUUUCGCCCGGCCUGAUGCCCGCCGAGAUUCUGCCCAGCGCUCCGGUACUGCUCACCAGCAACACCACUGUCCCUGUCCCAGUCACCACAGCGGCGCAGAAACUGAUGAGGACGGAUAGACUGGAGGUCUGUCGGGAAUACCAGAGGGGCAACUGCACCCGUGGCGAGAACGACUGUCGCUUCGCACAUCCGUCCGACAGCACCAUGAUAGACACCAACGAUAACACAGUCACAGUGUGCAUGGACUACAUCAAGGGCCGCUGCUCUCGGGAGAAGUGCAAGUACUUCCACCCGCCAGCUCACCUACAGGCCAAAAUCAAAGCGGCCCAACAUCAAGUUAACCAGGCAGCGGCCGCUGCGGCCAUGACUCAGUCAGCUGUCAAAUCACCGAAGCGGCCCUUCGACCCAGCUUUUGACCUGGGGCUCCCUCCCGUCCUGCCCCCUUUACCAAAGAGACCCGCACUUGAAAAAGCCAACGGUGCCACCACAAUGUUCAACACCGGUGUAUUCCAGUACCAACAGGCCCUAGCCAACAUGCAAUUCCAGCAGCAGGCUGCCUUCAUCCCGUCGGGCUCGAUAUUGUGCAUGACGCCUGCAACAAGUGUUGUACCCAUGAUGCACGGUGCUACUCCAGCCACUGUGUCUGCAGCCACCACAUCUGCCACAAGUGUUCCCUUUGCAACCGCCUCUGCCAAUCAGAUUCCGAUAAUAUCUGCGGAUCACCUGAAUAGUCACAAAUACGUGACCCAGAUGUAGAAGCCUCAAUCACUGCAGUGGAACUGGAGAACAAAGACCAGCGAUUCAGCAGGCAACCGAGAGAAUUUGCGGAGUUUUCUCCAGGCAUUUCACGCACACCACAUCCAUUACAAGAGCACCUUCUUCCUCCUCUUAGUGAAGGGAAAGGCGCGUUUACCUUUAUUCACCGGGCACACUUUGAAUGUGAAGCAAAUAAGACGAUGUGCUGUGUCCAUCGAGGUGGUGGAGGAAUCGUGUUGUCUUUUGUACGUUUGUUCAUUAGUUGUCUUUCAUAUGUUUACAGAAAGGUGCACCUUAUAUUUCAGUUGAAGGAGAUGAAAAAUCAGACUGUUUCUCUGAGGUUUUAUGUUACUAUAAACCAACUUAAAAGGCCAUAAUUGUGCUAUUAUGCCAAUGGUACUGUGUCAAGCAAAGCAAUCGGCUUUCCCUUUAAGGUUUCAAGACUCGCCUUUUGUCCAUCAUCACGAGCCAUCAUUGCGAAUACAAAAUCCUUCAAUCUUAGAUGAAAAGUUCAACAAAGAUGUAGAAUUAGUGUCCAGUUGCCAUGACAACUGCUGGCGGUCAUGUAAUUUGUUGUAAGUUUUUUGUUUUGACAAGUUUUCAGUGUAGAUGUGGUGUUGAAAAGUAUUUGUUUUUCCAACAUUUUGGAUUUUUAGCCAAAGUUUUUAUAUGUUGCUGUUUUAGUGGGUUGACGUACACGGGAUACACACAUAUCAACAACCAAAACUAAUGUUUGCUUUUUCCCUGCUCAAAAGUUAGUAAUGGCCAAUCAGCUGAUGUACAGUGGUAUGAAAACGUAUCUGAACCUUUUGGAAUUUCUCUCAUUUCUGCAUAAAAUCACCAUCAAAUAUGAUCUGAUCUUUGUCAAACUCACACAGAUGUAAAAACAGUGUCUGCUUUAACUACAACCACCCAAACAUUUAUAGGUUUUCACAUUUUAAUGAGGAUAACUUGUAAACAAUGACAGAAGGGGGGAAAAAUAAGUAAGUGAACCCUCUGCGAACUCUGUUGGGCAACACGGACUUUCAACUCCCUCCGCAGAUUUUCUAUGGGGUUGAGCUCUGGAGACUGGCUAGGCCACUCCAGGACCUUGAAAUGAUUCUUACGAAGCCACUCCUUUGUUGCCCUGGCUGUAUGUUUGGGAUCAUUGUCAUGCUGAAAGACCCAGCCACGUCUCAUCUUCAAUGCCCUUGCUGAUGGAAGGAGAUUUUCAUUCAGAAUCUCUCGAUACAUGGCCCCAUUCAUUCUUUCAUUUACACAGAUCAGUCAUCCUGGUCCCUUUGCAGAAAAACAGCCCCAAAGCAUGAUGUUUCUGCCCCCCAUGCUUCACAGUGGGUAUGGUGUUCUUCGGAUGCAAUUCAGUAUUCUUUCUCCUCCAAACACGAGACCCUGUGUUUCUACCAAAAAGUUGUAUUUUGGUUUCAUCUGACCAUAACACAUUCUCCCAGUCCUCUUCUGGAUCAUCCAAAUGCUCUCUAGCGAACGGCAGACAGGCCUGGACGUGUACUUUCUUCAGCAGGGGGACACGUCUGGCAGUGCAGGAUUUAAGUCCCUGGCGGCGCAUCGUGUUACUGAUAGUAGUCUUUGUUACUUUGGUCCCAGCUCUCUGUAGGUCAUUCACUGGGUCCCCCCGUGUGGUUCUGGGAUUUUUGCUCACCGUUCUUCUAAUCAUUUUGACGCCACGGGGCCAGAUCUUGCAUGGAGCCCCAGAUCAAGGGAGAUUAUCAGUGGUCUUGUAUGUCUUUCAUUUUCUAAUAACUGCUCCCACAGUUGAUUUCUUUACAACAAGCGUUUUACCUAUUGCAGAUUCAGUCUUCCCAGCCUGGUGCAGGUCUACAAUUUUGUCUCUGGUGUCCUUCGACAGCUCUUUGGUGUUUAUUUUCCACUCUAAUUUGGAAAUAAAUUCUUUAAUAAUCAAACAAUGUGAUUUUCUGUUUUUUUUUCCACAUUGUGUCUCUCAUGGUUGAGGUUUACCCAUGUUGACAAUUACAGGCCUCUCUAAUCUUUUCAAGUAGGAGAUCUUGCACAAUUGGUGGUUGACUAAAUAAUUAUUUGCCACUGUAUAUGUAAAAUUAUGGCCAAGAAUGGUGUUCAUGGGAGGACUCCACAGAGGAAACCACUGCUGGCUGUCUAAAAAAACAUUGUUGCUUGUUUGCUGUUCACAAAAAGGCACUUGGACACUCCACAUAAGUUUUGUCUAAAUAUUUUGUGGACUGAUGAAACCAAAGUGGAAAUGUUGGGCGUGACACACAACGUCAUGUGUGGAGGAAAAAUGGAACAGCUCAUCAACAUCAACACCUCAUUCCCACCGUGAAGCAGGGUGGAGGGGGCAUCAUGAUUUGGGGCUGUUUUGCCGCCUCAGGGCCUGGACAACUUGCAGUCAUUAAUAGAAGAAUACAUUUAAAAGUUUAUCAUGAUGUUUUGCAGGAAAACCUAAGGCCGUAUCUCAGACAGUUGAAGCUAAAAAUGGUAAAUGGUGUUAUACUUAUAUAGCGCUUUUCCACCUUAGAGGUUGGAUGCUGCAACAAGACAAUGAUCCAAAACAUAAAAGUAAAUCAACUUCAGAAUGGUUUCAGAAAAACAAAAUACACGUUCUGUAGUGGUCAAGUCAAAGUCCAGACUUGAACCCCAUUGAGAUGCUGUGGCAUGACGUAAAGACAGCGAUUCAUGCCAGACAUCCCAGGAAUCUGACUGAACUACAGCAGUUUUGUGGAGAAGAAUGGGCCAAGAUUAGUCCAGAUUAGCCAGACUGAUCUGCAGCUACAGGAACCGUCUGAAGUUAUUGCUGCCAAAGGUGGGGGCCCAAAAUAUUAAAUUUGAUGGUUCACUUACUUAUUUUUCCCCCUUAUGUCAUUGUUUGCAUUCUAUCCUCAUUAAAAUAUGAAAACCGAUAAAUAUUUGUGUGGUUUCAGUUAAAGCAGACACUGUCUUUUCAUCUGUGUGAUUUUGACAAAAAUCACAUCACAUUUGAUGGUGAUUUUAUGCAGAAAUAUGAGAAAUUCCAGAAGGUUCAGAUAGCCUACUUUUUCAUACCACUGUAUUUCAAAGAUUACCCUAAAGAUCUUCCGGUUGGAAGAUGGCAAUGGCUGACAAUCGCACACGCUAAAAUUAAAUAAUUAAAAUGGACAGUCAUUCUGUAAGUGUAUUUGUGUGUGGCCAGCAGCGUUUUGGCCGAUCCAUCGACUCUGUGGCAACAGCCAAUGAGGGAGCAUCUAACUCUGUUGAGUUCUUGUCUCAAGUUUUAUUCAAGGCACUAAAAAUGACACAUUGAAGUUUGAAAUCGCAGUUUAGUUACCAGACAAACUGACAUUAAGCCGAGAAUUUUUCAUUUCUACGUAUUUUUGCACCAACAUGCAGUCUGUCACAGGUCAUUCGCUGUACUACCACUCCUGGUAAUUCAUUUGGGCAAAAAGAAAAAAAAAAACAAAAAAAACUCAAGAUUGUCGUGAGAUUCCGUAUUUCAUAGUGUGUGGUGUGAUUUGUUGGUAAUCUUGAGUUCUUUCUUAUAAUGAGUAGAAAAUGGAUAUGUGUGUAACCCGAAUAAAUCUCGUUUUAAUUAAUCGGUUCACUAGUUGGUAGUUCAUGGACGAUAGCGCAUUGAAAGUGACAAAAUAACAAACACAGGUUAUGAUUGUAUCCCUCAUCUAAAGCCUUAGACUGAACCAUCGGGUCAGCAUAAUGCACCAUGCCAUUCGGAAGCCUGAUCCGUGCCAUGCCAAUAUACAUUUUAAUUCUCUUGAGUUCUAUUUAUCGGUAUUGUAAGGUGUGUUUGAAUGUAUUUGCAUUUUCACUAAUUCCCCCCUGAAAUUAUGUGUAUGUUUUGAUUUUAGAUGGUAUUGUUAGUAUUUUUUAUGUUAUGCAUAUAGACAAUAUGCAUAUUAGUGUUCAAUCCUCUAAUCUCUUGUGUUCAAUGAGCAAAGACAUUUCCUAUGAGUACCUAACAGUCAUAAUAGAACGGAGAGGCCGAGUUGUCGCCACUGCGAUUGUCGCCGGCGACAACUGUUUAGUAUUUUAAUGAUUGUAAGGUUUGUAACUCGUCAUUUAAUUUAAAAAUAUAUAUUAAAAAAAAUAUUGUUCUUGGGUGUUUUAGAUAUGUUAUUUUCUACUGUAUCCAUUUCAGUUAAUAAUAUCUAUUGUUUGGAUAUUUUUACUCUCCUUGGAAAUUGGGCCAUUUUGGGAAAACAAGCUGCACUUUUUUUUUUUUCCUCAGUGGGUGUCCCGUGACAGGAAGUCCUCGCUCACUCAGCCAAUUGCAAACAAAAUGGAGGAGGGCGGGGAGAGCUCCCAAGGUGAUAAAGGUUGAAUUUUUGCACUUCUGUACAUAGUCAAAAAAGAGAGAAAACAUGUAUAUUGAGAUCUUAUUUUGAAUAAAAAAAAAAUGUCUAUCGUGACAGAGAGUUUUGUUAGGAUAAUCACAAAAAAAAAAAGGCUGCUUGCAUCCAAUGGGCGCUGAGUUGUCAUUCUCUAACCCGCCCCUUUCAGUAACAGCCAAUGUCGUUUUUUUUUUUUUUUUUUUCUUAAUUAGGCAGCAGCUUGUAGUUUGCCCGGUAACCGUCCUGAGGAAGAGAGGGGGUAGGGGGUCCACUACCCCCCUGCACUGUUAGGCCUUCGUGGGGAGGCCCAAACAUCAUAACACACACCGUCUCUUUAACUGGGAGACAAAUGCAUGUUAAAGAUAUUAACACAUUCAAUAAAAAAAACAGACAAAAAAAAUAAAAAACACAGUACUAAGACUUAAGAAAACAUGUUACAAAGAAAGAUGUAUUUACAAUAUUCGUACACAAUUCAUAUGUAACGGAAUAAGAUAUUUAUAUGGAAAAAAAUAUAGAAUAGUGACUUAUUUAAAAAAUGGAAAAAAUAAUCCCAAGACUACAGUAUAGUCACCACUUGGAGAGACGUGCAGCACAUAGCUCUCAAUAUGUUCUUCUGUUAAUGUAAGCUGUGCUUCUAUAGAAGAUGAACCCGACCGACAACAGCAACAUUUUUGUAAUUUGGUCACCUGACCAUAUCAUUUCUCAACUGCGACAAGCAUGCAUGCGUAUAAGAAUUUAUUUGUUUUUUGUUUGUUUGCUUUGUUUUUUCUGCUCGUAGUGCUAAUAUGAUGUAUUCUGUCCUCUGCUGCUGUUUGGUUCUGCUUGUUUGACUGCGGCGUGCCCCCUCAGCACCCUCCAUCCCUAUGUGUCAGUCAAGAGAUGAAAAGCUAGAAUAAAGCCAUAAAAUGUUUAAUAUGAAUGGAGGUGGUAUGAAGCUCACACAUUUGUUUUCCAAGGGGGCGGCAUUGCUAUAUUUGAUUCUCGCUGUUAUGGCUUUUAAAAAAAUGUAAUAAAAAUACAAAGCAACUGCAGACAUGAUUUGAAUUGUGUGUUUGUGUAAGGAUGUAGUGUGAAGUAGAGUCAUUGAUUGUUAUUCAUCGAUUAGCCCUGCUUUAGAAAAAGCAGUGCCUUUCCCUUUAAGGAUCCGUUAAGAGCGUAAGGAUGUGACACACCGUUCAACCACAAGAUGGCGCUGCCAAUUUGUCAGGUUAGGCUUGCUCCACCUGAGCCAGUUUCUGCAAAUACACACUGGACGACAUGAAUUUCAAUGUACUGUAUUCAAUCACAAUAAAUGUUCUGUCACAGAGUUAUAUCUAUGUUUAGACAUUAUUUUUUGAUAUUGCAGUGUAAAGUUACGUUGUCUCACACUUAAAUACAGUAUUUUUUCUAUAUAAGAGAAGGGGAAAUUAGUAAAAGCAUAAGGUAUAAACAUGACUGUUUUCGCUAUCACAUGUAUUAAUUCAUAUAAUGGCCACUUUGUUUCCUAACUGUCUGAUAUCACAUGGGUUGAUUGCUGCCCAUCUCACGAGUAAACCCAUUUAACAAUUCAUUUGAGAUGCACCAUCCUGAGUCGUCACCCGAGUAAUUUUCUGUUGGGUGUGCCUCUAUCUACAGUACUAAGUAGCCUACAUAUUUUCAGAAAGUACACAUGGGAGAGUGAAGCGAGAACAGCAGAAUUUCUAUUCACAGGAGCGUUAUUGAUCCAGACUGUGAAGCCAACCCUCUAACGAACACCAGCGACAAGCGGCCUGUUAU